GUGUGGGGGGGGAAGAAGGGUCAGAUUGACUUCGACACUGGCGAACGCUCCGUUUUCUCUGCUCGACUCUCGGUUUCGUUUCUUUGACUUUUCCACUCGUGGACGCCGAACAAAACUCUUCUGCACUCACGACUCGUGGCCACGUUCAUGGAAUCUUACAGCGACACAGGGAUAUUUGUGUAGCGAAUUUAAACACGGCUGCUAGGCAAAGUUACCUAGCUAGCAAAGCUAAGUUAGCUAGCCGGCUAGCUCUCGCGCUGUCUCUCCUUUUCGGUGUUCUAGAAGCUCGUGCGAGUGCGUUAGCUUUAGCGAUAUCGUUGAGGUCGGUAAGCGAACACGCCUUGGCGUAUUAUUAUUAUUUUUUUUUUAAUUCUGGGGCCGUUUGAUGGAUCCUAGAAUCGCCUGGUUUCAGCCAGAACAGCGCGGACCCGCUAACAGCCUGUGGAUGCAGAUUUGGGAGACGACACAGGGCCUCGGUAAUUUGUACUUUCACGGGAACGGGAACGGGAACGGAGGCGGCAACAGCAACAGCAGCGGAGGAGCGGCGGCGGCGGCAGCAGCAGGAGGUGGUGGUGGAGGUGGAGGAGGCGGAUACAGCUCGAGCUCGAGCCCCAAGCCGACCGGAGACGGUGCGGUAGCGGCGGACGGCAGCGCGGCUCCCGAUUGCGGCGAGCAGAAACACCGGGGGAUGUCGGGAGAAAUCGCGGAGCAGCGGGACUUCAUUCCGCUGGAAAGCAAUAAUAUUGUCAUCAACAACAACCACCACAACCAGCGGAGUGCAGCAGCGGCAGCAGCGGGCCGGGGCGGUGGCAGUGGCGGCGGCGGCGGAGUGGGAGCCUGGAGCGGGGCGCAGGACGCCGCGGCGCAGCGCAACAAGCGCAAACGCGAGAACAAGGCGAGCACUUUCGGCUUCAACCGCAGCCUCUUACUGAACGGAUCUUCCGGCCCGGACGCGGACCUGUACACGGGCACGCCGUGGAAACAGAGAAACUACUCCGGGGGAAUCGUGGGGCUCCAUGAGGAGAUUAAAGAUUUCUACGAGUACAUGUCUCCUCGGCCGGAGGAAGAGCAGAUGAGGCUGGAAGUCGUCGACAGGAUCCAGAGAGUCAUCAAGGACCUAUGGCCCAGUGCAGACGUCCAAGUGUUCGGCAGUUUCAGCACCGGCCUGUAUUUGCCCACGAGUGAUAUAGACCUGGUAGUGUUCGGAAACUGGGAGACACUUCCUCUUUGGACGCUGGAGGAGGCCCUGCGCAAAAGGAACGUCGCAGACGAGAAUUCGAUCAAAGUGCUGGAUAAAGCAACGGUUCCGAUUAUCAAGCUGACAGACGCUCACACUGAGGUCAAAGUGGACAUCAGUUUUAACGUGCACAGCGGCGUGAAGGCUGCCAACCUCAUCAAAGACUUCAAAAAGAAAUUCCCCGUGCUGCCGUACCUGGUUCUGGUGCUGAAACAGUUCCUGCUGCAGAGAGAGCUGAAUGAGGUGUUUACUGGAGGCAUUGGAUCCUACAGCCUGUUUCUCAUGGCUGUCAGUUUCCUACAGCUACACUACAGAGAGGAUGUGUGCAGUCCCAACUCCAACAUGGGCGUCCUGCUCAUCGAGUUCUUCGAACUGUACGGCCGCCAUUUUAACUACCUGAAGACGGGCAUCAGGAUUAAAGAUGGCGGCUCGUAUGUGGCCAAAGAUGAGGUGCUGAAAGGCAUGCUAGACGGAUACAGGCCGUCCAUGCUGUACAUCGAGGAUCCACUGCAGCCGGGCAAUGAUGUUGGAAGGAGCUCAUAUGGGGCCAUGCAGGUGAAACAAGCAUUCGAUUACGCGUAUGUGAUUCUGAGCCACGCCGUCUCUCCCAUCGCCAAGUACUACCCGAACUACAAAUCUGAAAGUAUUCUGGGUCGAAUAAUCCGCGUCACACGGGAGGUAGUCGAGUACCGCGAUUGGAUCAGCGAGCACUGGGGCGGGCAGUCACAAAGCGAGGCGGCCCUCAACUGCAACGGAAAUGACGUCACCCUCCUGGUGGAGCCUCAGCAGCUCGACGAGUGUAACAACAACUUAACUGACGAGAUCGUCGUCCUUCCUCCAGCUUCACGGAGUAAAGCGUCCUCUAACUCCUCCUCCCCACCGCCUUCCUCACCUUCAUCACCGUCUUCAUCCUCAUCGCCAUCUCCUUCCUCCACGACGUCCAGUGAUGCAGAUUCAGACGGAACGCCGUGCAAGACGGUGAAACAGCUGCCUGGCCGGGGCUCUGGUCCUCACCGAGAUAACACAGAGAGGAAUCUGGCCAAUCACAGAGCUCAGAGUCAUCCCAUGACCACACCCACUACAGGCCACAAAGGCAGCAAGAGUCGACAGUUUCGGCCGAGCAAAAGCUCCCCAGCCCAACAGAGCGUCUCUAACAGCAAGAGCCACCAAAGCAGCAAGGCCCAUCACCACACCACCGGCAAGAGACGGAAAAACCAGCGGGAGGCAGCGCAUGAGGACCUGUGCAGAUAGGAGGCGCUCUUUUCUUCCCAGACGCUCGCCUACUCUUACUUCCCUGACCAUGAGGGGGCGCUCCCAGUGUUAUUGGGCCCUCUUUGCCCAAAUCUGGGAUUUUUAAAGCAGUUUGAGGAAAAAAAAAAAAAAAAAAAAGAAGAAGAAACUCAUCCAGUGUGGAGAUUUGGGGACAAAUAAAUCAGGAGUGUUUUUUCCUUCCUUUCUUCCCCACUGGCUUCUUUACUGCUUGUGCUCAGUGUGGUGGAGUUUUAGGCGUCCUCUCCACCCCUCCACUGCAGAGACCAAUCUCUUCUUAGUGUGGAGGACCAAAGACUUAUAAAAAGAAAAAAAGAAAGAAAAAAAGAGGGAGACUCAAAGGAGCAAUAUCUUGAAGCCCUGGACUUUAGGGGAAAAAUGGAAAUAAAAAAAUACAAAAGACUGAAAUUUCAAAACAAAAAAAUUAACAUAAAUGAGUGACGAUUUUUAAAAAUGAGAGAAAAAAAAAUACACAAUCACUGAAAUUCAGGACCGGAAUUAUGCAUGAAGGUUUUUCUUUGCCUUUUUUUUUUUUUUUUUUUUUUUUUUUUUUUUUUUUUUUUGAAGAGUGAAAUCCUUUGUCAUGUGCUGAUUAGAUGGAUUUGUAUAAAACAAAAACAAAAACAAAAAAAUCAAAAAAUGUAUAAAAAAAAAAUGCCCCAAUCAUAAGGAAAUUUUCAUAAAAGUUUUUACAGGAUUGUCACAUUUUUUGACAGACGUGUGCACAUGACUACAGAGUCAAACUGGGAUUUAAUUUAAUCAUCAGCAUCUGAAGAGUGUGUGUGUGUGUGUGUGUGUGUGUGUGUGUGUGUGUAUUUGCAUGUGUCUGAAUAUGGUGUUUAUAUCUGUUUGUGAUUAUACGUUCAUGGAGGUGCAUGAGUGUCUUAUCGUGAGUGUGUGAGAAGUGAGAGAUGGAUCGAGUUUGUGUUUUUGUCAUCUGUUGCGUGUGGACACACACACACACACACACUCGCACACACACACUUGCACACUAUUUCAUUCAUCACGAACUGACAGUCACGUUGGUGUACAAAAGCGAUUGUUUCUCAGCUCUGUGCUAAAUGAAAGAAUAUUUUCCAAAUCACUACCCAUUUCUUAUUUUUUUUCUUCUGUAGUGUAUCAAACCCCCAAAUCAUUUGAAUUGUAUGCAUAUUUAUUUUUUUGAAAGAAGUAUAGAUAUAUUAUAUACAUAGAUAUGUGCUAUAGGUGUAUAUCUAUGGGCAGAUGAGGAUGAUGUGAAUGUCGCUCAUCCUAUACUGUGGCUAAGUCACUGUUUAGUUUAUUAUUAAUUUUUUUUUUCCCCCCAAACAACUGGACACUUCAGUGACCAAUCUCAUGUCUAAAUCUUGACAGAGACCUUUUUAAACAAAUUAUUUUAACCUGUGGCUGAUCUCCUUACCUUAUAAUUUGGAGGUUAGUAUUUUUUUUUUUUCCAGGGGUGAUUUUAUUUUAUUUUCUUUAUUUUUAUUGCAUUUUCCCCUCAUUGGAUUAUGGAAGCUCCUAUCACUGCAGUACAUCAACUGACCACUAGAUGGUGGUGGGCCCCUUUUUUUCUCCACAGAGGUUCCAAAUGAUCUUGUCAGAUUUGCCCAUAAAUAUGGGUUUUAAGUCUGAACGUGGAUCAGAAGGAACACUUGUAUGAAACUGAAUGACGUUAGGAGGUGAAAGGAGGGAGAACGAGUGCGCAAAAGGUUUCCAGUGCCAUUGAGAAUGUUCGGUGGUUUCAGACAAACUGUAUUCAUGAAAACACAUGCAAUAACCCGCAGCACAAUUAAACAAACAAACAAACAAA